GGGGCGGGGCCAGGCUAUUGUCCAAUCGCCGUGAAGAGGGCGGGGCAGCCCGGGAGCGCAGGAAGCAGCCGGGGCUGCUCGGGGGCCGUGGGUGACCCUGCAGUGCCGCAGCAUGGCAGGGCCCUGGGACGUGGUGCUGCGGGAUGAGGCAGCCCUGAGGCAGGCAGCAGUGGUGGCGGUGGACACGGCGCUGCUGGAGGGCGUGCUGAUGCGUACCGAUGUCGAGCCCAAUGCCUCCGAGGUGGUGAGCUAUGCGCCCUUCACACUGCUGCCCUCGGCUGUGCCCCGCGCCCUGUUCGAGCAAGCCUACGCUGUGCAGCGGGACUUCAACCUGCUGGUGGAUGCCAUCAGCCGGGACAAGGAGUUCCUGGAGCGCACCCUGGCCAGCACCAUCAAGGUGGACGACUUCACGGCACGGCUCUUCAGGAUCCACCGGCAGGUUCUGGAGGAAGGGCUGGCACAGUCUGUGUUUUUAGGCAUCAACCGCUCUGACUACAUGUUUGACUGCGGGGCAGCCAGCCCGCCGGCGCUGAAGCAGAUUGAGAUCAACACCAUCGCCGCCAGCUUCGGUGGCCUCGCCUCCCGCACCGCUGCCGUGCAUGGGCGGGUGCUCAGAGUGCUGGGGAAGCCUGAGGAGGCGGCGAGGUUGCUGCCCAAUAACCCUGCCCGUGGACUGGCCAUGGGCAUCGCCAAGGCCUGGGAGCUCUACGGCUCGCCGAGUGCCGUGGUGAUGUUCCUGGUGGAGGAGGCCCAAAGGAAUAUCUUUGAUCAGCGAUGUGUGGAAAAUGAGCUCUGGAACAGGAACAUUCGGGUCAUCAGGAGGCGAUUCCAGGACAUGUUUGAGCAGGGCUCCCUGGAUGGCUCCCGGAGGCUCUAUGUGGACGGCCAGGAGGUAGCAGUGGUGUACUACAGAGACGGCUACGUGCCAAGCAACUACAGUGAGCAGAACUGGGAGGCGCGGCUGCUGCUGGAGAGGUCGCGGGCAGUGAAGUGCCCUGACAUCGCCACGCAGCUGGCUGGCACCAAGAAGGUGCAGCAAGAGCUGAGCCGCCCGGGGACGCUGGAGAAGCUGCUGCCUGGCCACACCGAGGCUGUCAAACGCAUGAGAGCAACGUUUGCUGGGCUGUACUCGCUGGAUGUGGGUGAAGAGGGUGACCAGAUCGCUGCCACAGCUAUCGCCAGCCCCGAGCGCUUCGUGUUGAAACCGCAGCGAGAAGGAGGAGGGAACAACCUGUAUGGGGAGGAGCUCAGGCAGGUCCUGGAGAGGAUCAAAGACAGCCCCGAGAGAACCUCCUACAUCCUGAUGGACAAGAUCCAGCCGCAGCCAGCCGUGAAUUACUUGCUGAGGGCGCGCAGUCCCCUAAAAGCCUCCGAGUGCAUCUCAGAGCUUGGUAUUUUCGGCGUCUACGUCAGGCAGGGCACAGAGCUGGUGCUGAACGAGGCGGCUGGGCACCUGCUGCGGACGAAGGCAGUGGAGCACGCGGAUGGCGGAGUGGCUGCCGGGGUGGCAGUGCUGGACACCCCCUACCUGGUGUGAGCUCCUCGUGCAGUGCCCACGGGGCUGCUUUCCUCAGGGUGUGCCUAGUGAGCUGGGGACAGCCAAGAGUUUUGCAUUGAUUUGGAGCGUGCUCUCGGGGGCUGCUGCAGUGCUGGAGUUGACCCUGCUCAGCGCUGGUCCCAGUUUUGUUACGCUCCUGCCCUGCUGCAGCUUCCCCAAGCCUCCAUCACAGUCGGUGCGUUCUCUUGGCUUCACUGUGGGACCAGCACUGAGGGAAGGCAAGAUGUGUCUCCCUCGGGUUUCCUGAAUCAAUGGGAACAGCGCAGCAGGUGCUCCUGCCCCUGGGCUCCUGUCUGGGGCGCACCCCUUUUCCACUCCAGCCCUGCUCAGCCGAGCAGCUCCAGCUGUGACACAAAGUGCCCCUUCCUGGCAGUGCCCUGGUGAUGCACCCGGGCAGCCCGAGCUCUGCAGCGAGGCCUAAUGCCAAUGUUCCUGAUGUCCCUGCUGGCUGUGCCUGCAGCCUGCGGUCCAGGCGCCUCAAUCAAGCAUUGAUCUGCCACUGCGCAGUGGUUCUGUUCUGUGGCUGAUUCCACAAUCCCUGGUUGGUGUUCAGUUGUGGGGGGUUGAUUACCUCCACCAGAGAUUAAAAUAUAUGCUCAAUCUGAA